CAUUCUAUUUCAACAGCAGUAGUAGUGAUUCACUCUGCACAUCGAGCGCUAGACAAGCGCACGUUAGAGUUGUUUGAGUGGCACAUACCAGUGACAGUUUAGACGCGAAUCCGAUGAAAACUAAGGAGCUGCAAAGCGUUCAGACGUGCUGGCGGGACGAUUUUACAGUAGGGAAGACUCGCGUAAGUGUAUAUGAGCCGAAAAUAUUAAACAGAGAGUUUUCAAACGAGCGUUCUUCCGGUAAUCGAAAACAUGUGCCCGAAAACUUGACACUUUUGAGACGGGAGACAGACUUAUCCAUCGAUGCGAGCUUCGGUUCCGUCUCGGAUUCCCGAAGAAGAGAGAAAGGAGUGCUGGAGGAGAACCAUGAGUGUUGCGUCUCGCGGUGGGACAUGGAAAGAGUGUCGGAAGGAGGUGCCGUGACUCCAGGCACAGUUGCGGAGGAAAGUGUGACCCAAUGCCUGAACACGCCAGAGUUUCUCCAGUUAGAGCAAUCCGCAGACGCUUGCAUGUUCAGUUUCUCGUCUACAUUAGCCAAAGAAAUGACCAAAACGAGUGCGCUGAAAACCUCUGUGCAAGGACGGCGGAGUGGCACCUCUACGCAGAGGGAAGAGGAGCCAAAUCACCACACUCCUCUGGAACAAACCUCUUGCCCGUUUACUGGGACUAUUCCUAAACUAAUAGUCACUUCUGAUGAUGUGGGUCCUGGCCAAGACUGCGCGCACAAUCCACGUAUCAGUGAUUUGACGCUUGGCAUGGGCGGGUUUUCACUGGACCUGCAUCCCGACGAGGACUCGCCCUGCUCGGACAGUGGCUGUGGGGGCUCCCCUGUGCCCUCUUUGCUCCACCGAAAGCUUUCCAGCUCCUCUUCUGCUGGAUUAUCCUCUGCUUCAUCGUUUGAGGAGUCGGAGGAUGAUUUCAUAGGCAGUGACAUUGAGCCCAACAGUCUGUCCCCCAGUAUAUGCAGCAUGUUUGGGAGUCCUGAUGAACUGGCAGGGACUAAAUCGUGGAGGAAGUUAAAGACCAUGGUACAAUGCUCACCAUUUGUGUUUUCCUUAAAUAAACAAUAUCCUUGGGUUCAGCUGGCCGGUCAUGCAGGUAGUUUCCAGGCAGGAGAGUAUGGAAAGCUAAUGAAGAAGUAUUGUGAAUGUGAGCAUCAAUGUCUCCAGAAGCUGAUGAAUGACCAACUCAGGCCAUUUGUUCCUGGUUACUAUGGUGUAGUGCAGCAAAAUGACCAGGACUACAACCUGAUGGAUGAUCUGCUUGUGCACUUUGACUCCCCUUCAAUCAUGGAUUGUAAGAUGGGAAGCAGGACAUACAUGGAAGAAGAACUGGUAAAGGCACGUGAGCGUCCUCGUCCGAGAAAGGACAUGUAUGAGAAAAUGGUGGCUGUGGACCCAGGAGCGCCCACUCCAGAGGAGAGAGGCAAGCAGGCUGUUCUCAAACCCCGCUACAUGCAGUGGAGAGAGACCCUAAGCUCAACCACCACCCUUGGCUUCCGAAUAGAGGGCAUCAAGAAAUCAGACGGUACAUGCAACACCCACUUCAAAACAACAAAGCAUAAGGAGCAGGUGAUGAAGGCCUUGAAUGACUUUGUGGAUGGCAACACGCAGUUACUGAGGAAUUACCUGCAGAGACUGGAGGAAUUGUGCAGCGCUCUGGAGACCUCUGAUUUCUUCAGGGCACAUGAGGUGGUUGGGAGUUCUUUGCUUUUUGUGCAUGAUGCUUCAGGUCUGGCCCGAGUUUGGAUGAUUGACUUUGGUAAAACGGUUCCACUGCCACCUCCCCAAACCCUGGACCACCGCACGCCCUGGGUUGAGGGAAACCGGGAGGAUGGGUACCUGUGGGGUCUGGACAACCUAAUUCAGAUCUUUGGUGACAUGCUACAGGACACCACCUGUCCUUUACCCUGAUGGAUAAAGCAAACCUACUCCAGCACUAAAGAUCACAUGGAGGAACAUGCUGGUUGAGUGAUGGCUGCUUCUCAAUAGAUGCACAAAACAGAAGAUGUAAGGCCUAAGAUGACAGUGCUCUUUUCUCUGUGUUGUGAGAACAAAUCCCAAAAGGGUGAAAAAACUGGAGUUGUAGACCAUCCUUUGGAAUUGGGUCAGCAAGUUCACAUGUUCUGCAUUUUUCUCUUGUUUGAGUGGCCGUGCACGUACUGUACACAGAAAUGCCUCAACAGUCAAAAUACUCAGAUACGGAACCAAAACAUUUAGUUAAGAAAAACUAAAUUAAACUGUUUGACUUUCUUUUUAUUCUUUCUUUCUUUUUUAACUAGUACUGAGACUAACAUUUUAGGAAUGGAGUGGCAAUGGAGAACUGUUUUAUCGACACACAGCCAUUUGUAUUCUUGAAUUCUUGCAAAGUUUUAUUUCCUUUUUACCAAAAGGUUUGUUGAAAACACUACUGGAAAUGUGCUUUACUCAAUUUAUUUUUCUUCAAUGCAAUUCUUGUACAUUUCUCUCUGGGUUUCCAUGGUUGUGUAAAUAAUACUUAUUUAAUGAUAUUGAAACAGCAGGGUUUAAUAUGAUUCUUUUUUACCAGAGGGAUGUUAAGACAAACUGCAAGUUAACUUCCAUUUCAAUUUUAUUUUAUUCCCAUAAUCUCUAAUUUAGUACCUCAUUUAUUUCUGAAAGAUGGUAUCUAACUGCUUUAAAUAACAGUUUUAAGGUUAAACAAAUGGGAGAUAACACAUUACAUUAUCUGAAGCCUUAGGUUUGCAAUGUAGCUUCUCACUUCAAGCCAGAUUUAUUUGAUACCUUCAUUUUGGUUGAUACCGGUGAUGUGAGAUAUUUCCAUGAUGCAUAUAUCUCCUAUAGACAAAGAAUGUAGAUUCUACUUUUAACAAGUUCAGUCUAUAUAGCUGUCCAAACAUUACUAAUAUAACUCUAGAUAGAAGUUAAAAAUGUAACGAUUUAGAAUUUGUCAGAAGAAACAUUCUUGCUCUAUAUCUAACAGCUUUUCCCAUGACAACGAAAGAAAGAGGACUUUAUCAGGAUUGUAUUUUAAACUAUUUACUAAGUAGAUAGUACAGUGUUAUAGUUCUUAAAACUAGCCACAGUAACAAAGAUACAUAAGCUAACAAGUAUAAUUGAUCUCAUCAACACUCUACAAUUCUAUGUCCUUCAAUGGAUUAGUUUGAUCUGUUAAAUUAAGUUUUGUUUUUUACACUUGGUAACUUGUUUUCUGAGGUGAUCUCUCAGACUGACUGUUUGCAGUGAUAGCUGAGCACAGUUUUAGUCAUGGAUUAGUUUCUGUGUUAGCCAAAUGUGUGCAGUAUAAAAUGUAGUAUAAUUGGGUUUCAAAGGUUCGCCCACUUUAUCUGCACCACCAACCAUUUAGAAGCCAAAAUGUUUCUAGACCACUUUCUUAGCUUUUGUUUAGUACAUCACUUAGCCCAAAUGAUCUCCGACCAUCAUCACAUUCCACAUCAUAGCAGGCGCUCCUGGAAUACAGCUUGAUGUUCAUGAUGACAUAAAAAAAUUGUAUUUGUUUGGAGACCAGUUCCGACAGGUUAAUCUCUGAAACUAUCUAAUGGAAAACUGUGUACCAUAUCAGCUGAUGAAAAUUGUGGCCACUGAUCUCAUGAAAAUUCAUACAUAAUUGAUGAGUUGGCUAUUUUGUAUGGUCUCACACGAUGUUGGUCGCAUAAUCUCAUACGACUUCAUCACUUGCAAAUUCCCAGAUGGCUAAUGCGGAAGUAAGCGUGAGUUCCGCGCAAGAGGCAUUGAGGACAUACUUAUUUAUAUUAUGUCCUUUCCCAAAUCCAAACUUAACCAAUCAGUAGAGUGUGUAAACCUGAUAGGAAGCUGUUGUGUGUGACAGAAGCAAUUAAUUGUCACGUAUUAGAUGGAAACGAUGUCCAGCGACGUCAUUGGCUGUAGUGAAAGUCGUAGGAAUUCAAACAAGCGCAAUCGCGGAUAUCAUACGAAUUAGCCAAAUUGAGAAAAGUCAUAUGAACGCUGACGAUUUAGCCGUGAGUGUGUUGUCAACAUUUGUGCUCAAAUUAGGUGCUGUGUAAGUGUGGGGAAAAAAAGAAAGAGAAUUUUUUUUUCAAUCGACACUUCCUGUUAGCUUCAUGCCACAGGCUGUAAUCCAGAAUCUCACCUAGCCAGCUUGAGUUAUGUUGACGUUUGUUUAUAAAACAUAAUGUUCUACCACCUUUUGUUUUUCUUUAGAGAUUUAUAGCUUCACAGAUCUUUAGACUUGUGAAGACCUGCACACUGUCUGCUGGUUUAUCUGUCAACAUUCUAGUAUGUUCAUUCUGAAUGUGGAGGCAGUGCUCAUAAUCAAACAUUCCUUUCUGAGAUCCAUUGCCUUGUUUACUGAUAAUAUUAAGUAUUAUGCAUUGUUCAAAUUGUUCAAACUUGUUUCAAACUACUGUACUGCAUGUUUUUAGGAUGGAUGGUUUAUGAGUGGAAGAGAACUGGCUAGUGUACUGCCUCUGUGGAUUGUCUUGGCCUAUUUUGUAGGGUGAGACAAAAGUUUAAUUGCAAUAGGGACAUUCUGUGCUUCUGUACUCAAAUGUCCUUAAAUCUCUGUUGUCUUCAAAGCCAAUCCAAUAAAC